AUGGCUGUGGCCUACGCUGCCCCAGGGAGCAUCUUCUGUAAGCAGCUCCUUUUCUAUCUACUGGUUCUGAUAUUACUUUGCAAUGCUUGUCCAAAAAUUUCUCUCCAAGUUCCUUCACAUCUUCAGGCUGAAACACUUAUAGGCAAAGUGAAUCUGGAGGAGUGUCUUAAGUCAGCCAGCCUAAUCCUGUCUAGUGACCCUGCCUUCAGAAUUCUUGAAGAUGGCUCCAUUUAUACCACGCGUGACCUGCUUUUGUCUUCUGAAAGCAAGAGUUUUUCCAUUUUACUCUCAGACAGUCAGUACCAGCAACAAAAAGAAAUGGAAAUUGUGUUGUCAUCAAGGGAAAGAAAGUCUCCAAAGAAAAGACAUGCCAAAGAGUCAGCUCUCAAGCGCAGUAAGAGAAGAUGGGCUCCUAUUCCAUGUUCACUGAUGGAGAACUCACUAGGUCCAUUUCCACAACACGUUCAGCAGAUCCAAUCUGAUGCUGCACAGAAUUACACCAUUUUUUACUCCAUAAGUGGACCAGGGGUGGACAAAGAACCUUUGAAUUUGUUCUACAUAGAGAAAGACACAGGUGAUAUCUAUUGUACACGAAGCAUUGACCGUGAGCAGUAUGAUCAGUUUAUGGUCUAUGGCUAUGCAACCACUGUUGAUGGCUAUGCUCCGGAUUACCCUCUUCUCUUGUUGUUCAAAGUUGAAGAUGACAAUGAUAAUGCCCCUUAUUUUGAAACUAAAGUGACGGUGUUUAGUGUUCCUGAAAACUGCCGAACUGGAACCUCCGUGGCACAAGUGACAGCCAUUGACAAUGAUGAACCCGGAACUCUACAUACGCGUCUGAAAUUUAAAAUCCUACAGCAAAUCCCGGAUCAGCCAAAGCAUUUCUCCAUACAUCCAGAUACAGGCGUGAUCACUACCACCACUCCUCUACUGGACAGAGAGAUGUGUGAUACUUACAAGUUAGUGAUGGAAGUGCGGGACAUGGGGGGGCAGCCUUUUGGUUUAUUCACUACAGGAACAAUCACGAUUUCACUUGAGGAUGAAAAUGACAACUCACCAUAUUUCACAGAAACUUCUUAUUCUACAGAAGUAGAAGAAAACAGAAUUGAUGUUGAGAUUUUACGAAUGAAUGUGCACGACAAAGAUUUGCCAAACACUCCUCACUCGAAGGCUGUCUACAAAAUUCUACAGGGAAAUGAAAAUGAGAACUUCAAAAUUACCACAGAUCCAAAUACAAAUGAAGGAGUUUUAUGUGUUGUCAAGCCAUUGAACUAUGAAGUCAGUCGCCAAAUUGUUUUGCAAAUUGGUGUACUUAAUGAAGCACAGUUCUCUAAAGCAGCAAACUCGCAGACUCCCACAAUGUGUACCACAACUGUAACAGUUAAUGUGAAAGACAGUGAUGAAGGCCCUGAAUGUGAGCCCCCAGUAAAAAUUAUCCAAAGCAAAGAUGGCCUUCCAGCUGGCCAAGAACUCCUUGGAUACAAAGCACUGGACCCAGACACCCGCAAUGGUGACGGUUUAAGGUAUCAGAAGUUAGGAGAUGAGGAUAACUGGUUUGAAAUCAAUGAGCAAACUGGAAACUUGAAAACUGUGAAAAUAGUAGAUCGAGAAUCAAAAUUUGUGAAAAACAACCAGUACAACGUUUCAGUAGUGGCUACAGAUAGAGUUGGCAGAUCUUGCACUGGAACGUUAGUGGUUCGUAUAGAAGACACUAAUGAUCACCCACCGCAAAUUGAAAAAGAAGUGACCAUUUGUCAGCAUGACAAGGACUAUGUUGUUCUGGAACCUGUAGACCCAGAUGGGCCUGACAAUGGUCCACCUUUUCAAUUCCUUCUGGAUAAUUCUGCCUCCAAACUGUGGACUUUAGAACCACAGGAUGGUAAACGUGCCAUUCUGCGUCAAAAACAAUACAUGAAUUAUAACUAUUAUUCUGUGCCUAUCCAAAUACAAGAUAGACAUGGUGCUUCUGCAAAACAUAUGUUGUCAGUGCGAGUAUGUGACUGCACAGCACCAACUGAGUGUAGAAUGAGUGUGAGGGAUGCAAAACCAACCAAUGUGAUACUUGGCAGGUGGGCUAUUGCUGCCAUGGUGCUGGGUUCUGCAUUGUUAUUAUGCAUUCUGUUUACAUGUUUUUGCAUAACUGUUAAGAAAACAGUAAAGAAGAAAUGUUUCCCAGAGGAUGUAGCCCAGCAAAAUUUAAUUGUAUCAAAUACGGAAGGACCUGGAGAAGAAGUGAUGGAAGCAAAUAUUAGGAUCCCCACACAGACAUCCAACAUUUGUGACACAAGUAUGUCUGUUGGCACGCUGGGUGGCCAGGGAGUCAAAACACAGCAAAGUUUUGAGAUGGUCAAAGGAGGCGGCCAUCACACCUUAGAGUCCAGCAAAGGAGCAGGACAAGGGGUUGUAGAAACUGGCAGAUAUGCAUACACGGACUGGCAGAGUUUCACCCAACCUCGACUUGGCGAAAAGGUGUACCGGUGUGCACAAGAUGAGGAACACAAACACUCUGAAGACUAUGUCCGUUCAUAUAACUAUGAGGGAAAGGGCUCCAUGGCCAGCUCUGUAGGCUGCUGCAGUGAUCGGCAAGAAGAAGAAGGGCUAGAGUUUCUAGAUCAUCUGGAACCCAAAUUUAGGACACUAGCAAAGACCUGUGUAAAGAAAUAA